UCGCUCCAUACAAGUCGUCCCAACCAUCAACUCGGCGCCCGCUCUCUCCCGUCGACUCCACGCUUCUGCUAAUGUCGCAGAAUAUGCCUGUCAUUCCCGCUCCCAUACUCGCCUCCGCCUCCUCUGGCAGCGACCCCGCUGGACCCGCACUGCCCAUGCUUCACCCGACAGCGAAGACGAUGCUCAUCGUCAGCUCCGUGAUACUCCUCUGCGUAGUCGUACCGGGCAUCGCCUACAUCUGGUGGGACCGCCGGAGGAAACGGCAGCUCAUCAUUCUUUCUGGGUCAGGGUCUAGCUCUUCCGUCCUCGAGGGCAGCUCUCUCUAUCAUUCUCCACGGAACAGAAAGGGAUCUCGGGUAUUCGCUUGCGGCUCUGACGACUCGCUUGAUAUACAGAAGCGGGAUUCGGAUGGAUGGUGGGGGAAGCUGCUGGCAAGGAGGUGGACUUGGAACCACGACACAUCGGGACGAGGCGAGGUUCGCCCAUCGACUUUGAACGAGAAAAAGACAGACGGAAUGGACCCGUACACCCACUUCGUGCUCGGGGACUGGUACGAGCGGUACUGCUUGCGCGGCGAGACGCCUCCUCCUAGAUCUGGCGACGCACAGCGCUGCCCGUCUCCCCCGCUGUCUGUCCCUGCGCCAGCCUCUGUGUCCAGGCCGCGGUCAGGAUCGGAAUCCGGGUCGCCCAGAAUCCGGUCUGUAACCAUCAAUAUGGAGGGUACGCGGUACACGAACAAGGCCAACGAAGACGCGGUAUUCACAUCUGCGUCCGAAAUGCCCGUCCCGAGCCUCCUACUCCAGGCGCCAAGCACCAACGACUUCAACGAGACCGCGUUCUACGACACGAACACGAGCAGCGACUCCGCGUCCCUGGAGUCCAUGGACCCCAGCUGCAGCUUCGCCAGACUGCGUGUGAGCACGAGCACGGAUCUCGGCUUCACGCUCGCAUCCGUGGGCAGCACGAACAGGCUCACGGACUUCCUCGCGCCGUCCGGUCGUACAUCACGACCGACGCGAACGCUCUCUAAGCGCUUCUCGAGGGCCGAGUUGAGUGUCGAUAUCACGGACUGGGCGGCUGAUGCUGAAGAAACGACGACAUGGGGCGAGGCGGUCGAUUCUACGCCUGACCUCCUUUCUGCCAACCGGAAUGGAGACGAGGGCGGGGAGAGCGGGGCGUCGUUCUUUGACGACGAGGAUUUCUCAGCGGGGGACGAGGAUCUCUUUGUUGUCAAGAGUCAAGACGUGAUCGAAGAAGUUCCACGUCGUCGCGAGUCCUGCAGCGGGAGCGGGACCCUUCCCGCGUCUCCUCCAAAGUCUGUUUAUAGCUCGCGCGCCAGCUCUAGGUCCAGCUCAGGCUCUAGCUCGCGCUCCAGCUCGUUGGACUCGGAUGACUCGUUUGCGUACCGGAGGGGACACCAGCGCGCGCACGCGAUCGUCUUCAAGUUCGCUUCUGAGCUGCUCGCUUUUCUCCGUGUGCGCGGCACGCGCGGUCCGCUGCUCUUGGAGAAGCGCGUCAACAUCAGCGCGUUUGAGGGGCAGGACGCGGCGACGAGCGUCAAGGCGAGGGGUGUGGUCGACUGCCAUAUGGUCUAGGAGCUGAGAGGUCUCCCUGUUUGCGUUUUUAUUCUUCAUUUUGCGCUCUAGCGCGCACACGUUCGUAUAUCGCCGUCUCCGAGCGCGCAUCUUUGCGUCGAGUUUCAUCGUCAUUCAUAUCAUUUGCAACAUCUACCAUCCACGUCC